AAAAUUAAAGAUUUUAUCUCAUCUCUGCAGUGUAGAUCGAUCUGUUUUGGUUUAAAACGACGUGGCGUUGGGUCAGAAUUCUCUUCUCACAUCAAACAACACAACACAUUUUCAUCUCCGUUUCCAUCGAUCUCGACUCGGCUGGACCAUCCACGCACGCACGCUGCCAGUAGCUGCGGCAGCUCCGGCCACCACCCUCUCAUCUCCAUUCUUCUUCAGUGUGUUUUUGGUUAGUGCAAAUUUUAGACUCUAAGUGGGAGAUUGUGAACUGGUCAAGAUGGUUAAGUUGACUAUGAUUGCUCGUGUUACUGAUGGUCUUCCACUAGCUGAAGGACUGGAUGACGGUCGUGAUAUGAAAGAUUCUGAGUAUUACAAACAACAAGUCAAGGCUUUGUUUAAGAAUCUUUCAAGAGGGCAUAACGAGGCAUCAAGGAUGUCUGUUGAAAGUGGCCCUUAUUUUUUCCACUAUAUUAUAGAAGGACGGGUCUGUUACUUGACAAUGUGUGAUCGUGCUUACCCUAAGAAACUAGCCUUUCAAUAUCUUGAGGAGCUCAGGAAUGAGUUUGAGCGUGUAAAUGGCUCUCAAAUUGAAACUGCUGCCAGACCUUAUGCCUUCAUUAAGUUUGACACGUUUAUACAGAAGACAAAGAAACUUUACCAGGAUACCCAUACUCAGCGUAAUAUUUCAAAGUUGAACGAUGAACUCUAUGAAGUCCAUCAGAUUAUGACUCGAAAUGUGCAGGAGGUUCUUGGUGUUGGUGAACAGUUGGAUCAGGUCAGCCAAAUGUCUAGUCACUUAUCAUCUGAAUCUCGCAUAUAUGCUGAUAAGGCUAGAGAUUUAAAUCGACAGGCUCUGAUUCGGAAGUGGGCCCCUGUUGCUAUUGUGUUAGGAGUUGUUUUUGUACUUUUCUGGCUCAAGAAUAAAAUUUGGUGAUCCAGCUAGUACGUGACUAUAAACCUGGAUUUUGCGGCUGUACCUUUUUGCUUUCUCACAUGACUAUCCAGAUUUGCACAAAUUGGCGGGAACCCUAUAUGCACGAGUUGAUGUCUACGUUUUGUGGGCAACUUUGGUCUAGGAAAAAAACUAUCUUCUAUUACUUCUGAGCAUGACUGAAUCGGGCUUUCUGGUGCACAAACCAAGUUAUGGUAAAACUUGAUCUCUUUGGGGAUGCAUAUAUACAUUACUUGCUAGUUCCCAAUUAUUUUCAGGAUUAUUGCGUUAACGAGUUAAAUAUAUUACCCCUUCGAUUUUGGUGUUUCCGUUUGAGCUGCUGAAUUAGACGUUUUAGCUGCUUCUUAAGAUGGUAAACCUUAUGUCAUUUGGUAUAUACAUUUUACACCUUAUACAGCAUUUAUAUUUUAAUGAAUCA